AUGACGCAGUCACAUGCUAAAAAACAGAUUUUUGAUUAUUUUCUAGUUUUGGAUUUUGAAGCAACGUGCGACAGACCUCAUCAACCUGAACCACAGGAAAUUAUUGAAUUCCCAGUGAUGAAACUGAAUGCAUCAAGUUUGAAAAUUGAAUCGACUUUUCAUACAUAUGUAAAACCAGAAGUUCACCCAGAAUUGACCACAUUCUGUACUGAGUUAACUGGUAUUAUACAAGAAAUGGUGGACGAUAAGCCUACUUUACCACAAGUUUUACAGGAUUUUGAUCAUUGGAUGAAUGCUGAAGGUUUAUUGAAAGAUGAUGUUAGAUUUGCUUUUGCUACAUUUGGUGACUGGGAUUUAAAAACUAUGUUACCUAGUCAGUGCCAGUAUUUAGAUAUAAAACCUAAAGAUUAUUUCAACAGUGGACAAUGGAUAAAUGUCAAAAGAUCGGUGAGUGAUGUAACAGCCAUAUUUCCCAGACAUCUACUUCAUGCCUUAUCCACCUUAAAAUUACAGCAUAUAGGGCGACAUCAUAGUGGAAUAGAUGACUGUAAGAAUAUCAGUGCUCUGGUUGUUGAACUCAUAAAGCGGGGUCAGGUUCUAGAUUUUAACAACAGAUCCAACAUUUAUAACAACAGACAACGGAAUAGACAGCACGUCAUGCCAAACAAAAGUUCGUGA